CGCUGCCAGCCAGCUUCUCAGAAGAGUUUAGGACCAUGGAGGCAGCCUCCCUGACACAGGACAGAUUCAGUUUACUUCUUUUUGCUCACCUGAAAGUUACAGAUACUUAAUUAAGUAUUAAUUAUCACAACCUACAACCGCCGAAGGUACUCGACAUGGAGCUAUAAUGUCAAUUACACGUCCAGCAGGAACUCUUCGGAGCAGCGGAGUUUUCUUUUCCCAGACUGGAACACCACUCACACCGUGGUAGAGAUGGACAGAGAAGGCUCGACAGACAUCAAGAUGUCCACCAGUACCAUCAGUCGACCCUGCAAGCAGGAGAGGAAAGGCAGUUUCUUCAAGCUGAUCGACUCAUUUGCCUGGGAAAUCGGCACCUUGAAAAAGGAAAUGGGGAAGAAGACGGAGCCUGCAGAAGGAGACCACAAUACAGAUACACUUCUUGGACUAGGUGAAGAGGUGGGAGGUCUCUUCCUGCAGGCUUCCCCCUGUGUCGGGAUGGGAGCGGGGCUGGCCGGAGCCAGAGAUUCGGGCUACGAUUCCCUGCAUCGGCGGCUCAGUGUUCUGGACAGACUGGUGCAGACGCAUGCUGUGUGGCUCCAGCUGGGCCUCAGCCACCAGGAUGCCAUACAUAUACUACAGAGCCAACCCACUGGGACAUUCGUGGUGAGGAAGUCAACUAGCCUGCAGAGGAAAGUAAUAUCUCUACGCAUGGACAAAGACUCUGCAGUUCCUGUCAAAGUUCCUGUCAAGGAGAGCCAGUACACUUUCUCUUUGGUGGGAUCAGGCCUGAGCUUUGCAGACCUUUUCCGUCUGGUGGCUUUCUGCUGCAUCAGCAGGGAUGUGCUGCCCUUUACUCUGAAGCUUCCAGAAGCCAUCUCUUCAGCCAGAACGUCUGCUGAUCUCGAGGAGGUUGCUAAACUUGGAGCAGGCUUCUGGGAUGCUCAGUGUUGCCACAGGAGGAAGGACUCUGUCUCCUUAUCGGGAAUAGCUGCUCCCGACAGACCACCUCCCCCUGCCCAGAGACCAGUCUCUUCAGCCACCAGUCCAGGGCGCCCUCGGCUUCUAACCCGCACCCCAUCAGAGCUUGAAUGUUGCCAGUCUAACGGAGCACUUUGCUUUAUCAACCCCCUCUUCAUAAAGGUUCACCAACCAGAUGUUGACCACAGCACCGCUUCAAAUCCCUCUGGUACAGCAAAGCAAGGCCUGAGGGAGGAAACUGUCAGCCUAGAAACCAACACAGACAAUCAACACCCUUGCAGUCAUCAGGUCUGUAGUUUAGAGCAAAGUGACAGCAGCCAGUUUGCUCAAAGAAACCUCGACAGAAACACAGAGUUACCGGACCAAAUCAGCAUCAGCAGCAGCCAGAAGCUAAGCACUGCAGACUGCGUGCCACGGUCCCUACCUCCACGUCCACCCCCGCCUCGCAUUGUGCUGCAACGCUCAGCCCCUGCCCUCCGACAGCGCAGUAUGCCGGAGAAGAUUGCCUGGAUCAACAUCCCCAAGGAGAAGAUGGAGGAGAGGGAGAGGGGCAGCAGCCUCCUUUCUCGUCUGGGCUCCUCGCUAAGCAUCAGCCCCUCGUCCUCCCCUCCCAAGAGAUUUAGCAUCAGCUCCCCCAUAUCCAUCCCCCGGCCCUCCCUGCCCAUCUCUCUUUCAUCACUCUCUUCCUCUCCACGCCGGGCCAAGGCCUCCCCAUCAUCCAGCCAGGAAGAUGCCCAGUGCCACCUGGCACUGGAGGACCAAACUAUAGAGAAGGCCCUCAUUAGGGCCAGACUGUCUCGGUGUAAUGCCAUCAGUACCUCCACCCAGGACUCCAGUAGUCCUCCAAACCCUUCGCUGAUGACACCAAGCAAGCAGGCAGAUGAGACGGGAGGAGAGGAAGAAGAAACAGGUGAGGAAUGCAGUGGCGGCGGCCAGCGGCUGAGCGACAUGAGCCUUUCCACAGAUUCCUCAGACUCUCUGGAUUUCUCUCAGUCCUCUGCCUUCUUCCUUCCCCCUCUGCAUGACCCCAGUCCCCCCACGGUGGAAGACUUUAACACCCACCUCCCCCUCUCACUGCCACCGUCCCACCUGCCUUACUGCGGCAUGGAGGACGACGAUGACGAGGAAGACGAUGAGGAAGAGGAGCCCGACUAUGGUGUCAGUCUGGAGAGCGACCAGGACCAAGACCAGGACCUGACAAUGGUACCGCCGGGCCACCGCACAAAGCGGCGCCCCAGUGCCAGCGCGCUGGUCCUGCAGAAGGCCCUGCGAGGGCAGCUGCGCAAGAUGAGCGGCGUUUUCAACUCGCUGCUGACGCCUGAGAAAAGGGCGAUUCGCAGGGUGCUGGAGCUGUCCCGGGAUAAAGGCUCGUACUUUGGCUGCCUGGUGCAGGAUUACCUGAGCUACAUGACCGAGGGUGCGGGCACCCAAGCCUGGCAGAGCUACGCCUCCGGACUGGAGCUGCUGCAGACUCUCCGCCAGUUCAUUACUCAGAUGAAGAGCUACCUGCGACAGAGCUCCGAGCUGGAGCCACCACUCGAGAGCCUCAUUCCUGAAGACCAGAUCGACCAAGUCCUGGAGAAAGCCAUGCACAAGUGCGUCCUAAAGAGCCUGAAACCGGUGGUGAGUGCCGCCCUGCAGGAGUUCCAGGUGCGCAGCGGUGAGUGGCAGGAGCUGAAGGAGAACCUGGCGUUGGCCAAGUCCCGGCAGCCGCAGGAAAUGGGCGUGGCCGACGCACUGCCGCCGGACCCCGUGGCCAUAGAGAAGAUAAAGCACAAGUUCCACACCAUGAGUAAGCUGUACUCCCCUGAGAAGAAGGUCACCAUGCUGCUGAGAGUCUGCAAGCUCAUCUACACCAUCAUGGAGGACAACUCAGGUCGUCUGUACGGUGCUGAUGACUUCCUGCCCAUGCUGACCUAUGUGUUGGCCCAGUGUGACAUGCCCCAGCUGGACAACGAGAUCCUUUACAUGAUGGAGCUGCUGGACCCCUCUCUGCUCCAUGGAGAAGGUGGCUACUACCUGACCAGCGCAUAUGGAGCCAUGUCCCUGAUUCGAAACUUCCAGGAGGAGCAGGCAGCCAGAGUGCUGAGCUCUGAAACCAGGAACACCCUCCACCAGUGGCACCGCCGACGCACCACCCAGCGCUCUGCCCCGUCCAUUGAUGACUUCCAGAACUACCUGCGGGUGGCGCUGCAGGAGCUGGACAGUGGCUGUACUGCCAAGACCAUACAGGUCCGCCCGUACGCCUCAGUGGAGGAGGUGUGCCGCCUGUGCGCCCAGAAGUUUAAAGUGUCGGACCCUGAGAACUACGGCUUGUUCUUGCUGAUGGAGGGCAACAGCCAGCAGCUGGCGCCAGACACCCACCCUCAAAAGAUCAAAGCAGAGCUCCUCAGCCGUUCGCAGGCCACUCCCUUCUACUUUGUCUUCCGCCGCGUGGCCAACAGUGACGCCUCGCCGACAGAUUCCCUCAAUCUUACACCCAACCUCAACAGCCUCACUGUGGCCGCGGACCCCCACGCCAACCUGAAUCAGCUCAGCAUAGCUAUGUCCGCCUCCUCCCCCCAGCCCACUCUCAGCUCAGGCCUCAGCCCCACUCUGAGCCUCAGUCUGCCGCCAAGCCACAUCAACAGCAGCUCUAUAUCUCUAUGACUGUAACAGAGUGUGACCCAUGGAUGUAUUAUAAGACCUGGAUGUAGCUUUAAUGGCCAAGCCCCGUUCAUUCCUAUGGGAGGUGUUUUGUGUGGUCCAUCCGGCAAAACGUGUCUAAGCUUCUGGGUUUGCUUCUGUGAUACGCGACCACUGACUAUGCGCAAUAGUGUUUCUCUUGCUCGGCCCAUAGACUUUUUGAAUAGCUUUUCUUGACUCAAGGGAAGUUUUUCAAAAAUAAAAAGUCCAUGGAUUAAAAAUUCAAAAUAGAAAGAGUCAUAACCAAGCUUGUUUGCAGUUGGAGGUGUCCUGGCUGCAGUUUUACACGUCUCUUUUACUAUACUGGACUAUGGGGGAAAUCCUUUCUGAGUUGCAGAGGGAUUUUUCAUUGCAAUACGGCCAGUGGCCACUGGACAAAAUCAAUGGUGGGGCUGAGCGCUGUACAUUGGGGACCUGGUUUAAACGGUUGCUUUGUCUCCCAGCAGUGACAAUUUGGACUAUUAUCUCUAACAAACAGGGCUCCAAGAGACCUAAAGGGGUUCAACCGGGUUGUGUGUCUUCACACUCUGACUUCUCCUUUUGGAUGGCACAUCUGUCUCAAUCCCACUCGCUGCAAAGUUCGGUCAGACAGACAUUAGUGAAAGAGGAAAAGAAGAAAGGAGGAACGGAAAUGAAAGAGAUUAUUUUGUUUACUUCCUUGGUUGGCUUUAUACCCUGCAUCAGAGCAUCACUUUGCUGAACACAACUCUCAAAGACAGUCAAGGUAGAGAUGUUGGUGAUGAACUAAAGACCACACCAACACUAAAAUGUUUUACGUGCAUAUUCAGGGUCAGCUGUUCUUGUUCUUACCUUUAGAGUAAAUAGAGGGAAAUCAGAUCGGAUACAUGUGAGACUAUUCUUUGGUCAAUCCUUUUAAAUAUACAACAGAUGGGUUAUUUAGGUGAUAGGUGUUAAACUUUGAUUUACUUAUAACAGUUGCUGGUAAACUGUUAUUAUGUUGUUUGUGUUUUGAAACUGUUAAUCCUCCAGAUUGUUUCUAUGUUUUAAUGGGUGUGGCGACACCCAGUGGUGGCUGGUGCACAUAGCAAGAGUCCCAUCUGAGACACAACAGUGAUGGCCUCAGGUGGGAAGCAACACACAAUACACUGUACUGCAACACAAUUUACCAAAAUUCAAAAGAAGAGGAACUCAACUGAAUAGCUACAACCUUAAGAAAAAGUAUGUAACGAAAGAGAAAAAAAAGAAGUGCGGUAGCAAUGUAUUUCCCACAGCUUUUCUGUAUAUGUGUCUGUAUUGACUUGAAUUGUACAUACAUACAGUAAGUGGCUAUUGGGGGUGGCAAACACACAUAUCGUGUGUUUAUUCAAAUAUUUUCUCCAAAUUCUGUUGGAAAUUUCUACUCCUCAUAAAAAGAAAAACCGAUACGGUACAGAUACAACCUCAGCAAACUAGCGGGCUUUAAUAGAGCACAGUGCUCACUCUCCAUUGACGACUUUUGAAAAAAGAAUCAAAAUCAAUGCAACACAACCAGGGAUUAUAUAUUAACUAGAUAUUGCACACAUCCAUUCUCAAAGCCCGGUGCCUACCCACAAUGCAAAUGUAAAAAAUAAAAAAUGGUGUCAGAGUGUGGUGCCAAGAAACAAGAUAUAUAAAAGAUAAUCCGUGUGUGUGUGUGUGUGUGUGUUGUGUGUGUGUGUGGUGUGUGUGUGUGUGUGUGUGUGUGUGUGUGUGUGUGUGUGUGUGUGUGUGUGUUUCUUAACACACACACACGUUGUAAAAACUAUACUGUGGCUACUGGGCCACGGUUAAUUAGCCAGGGGUUGAUUAGCCACAGCCUUUCUGCUUUGGACGUGCAUAAAGUUGCAUAUUGGCAGGUAGAUCCCAACAUGAUCAAUGAAAAGGUAUAAUAUAUAAUGGCAUUUUUAUUUGAUAAUCUUAAGGAUUAACAUUUUAAUGUAAUAUGUAAAAUAUUCUUCUUGCAUGUAGUUUGUUUAAGUGUAAUGUUAGAAACAGGCAGUUCUGCUGGUGUUUAAAAAAAAUAUAACAUUCAUUUAUGUAUUUACUGAUUAUCCUGGUGAUAUGAAAGAUAGUGUAUCAUACCUUAUAUAUUGCUUGUUAAAGAGCAUUUUUUUCCAUUCAGAUUGACAAUAUGUGACAGAGGAACAACUGUGUCUGCCACAUAACAAUAUUGGCAAUUCUUACUACUGACAAAUGUUAAAGGUUUUUAUCCUGGUGAAAAAAA